AAUGUCUGAAAGCCCCUCCAGCUGCGCAGCACAGACUGAGCUGAGCCCUGCAGCAGAAACAAGGAGAAGCAGGACAGCCUGCAGCAGUCAAUACUGUGCUGCUGGAGAAGGACUCAGUGAUGGCCCAGUGCCCAGGAGCAGCAGCACUGGCCGUGCUGGACGAGAUGCUGGAAAUCACGGCCCAGAGCCUGGUGCGCACCGAGGUGGCUGAGCACUACCAGGUCAUCCGGGAGCUGGGCAGGGGCAAGUAUGGCCAUGUGGUGCUGGUGACACACAGGCAGAGAGGGACCCCCAUGGCUCUCAAGCUGCUGCCUAAAGCUCACACCAAGCUGCACACCUUCCUGUAUGAGUACUGCGUGGCGCUUUCCCUCGCCACCCACCCUGCCAUUAUCGGCAUGUUUGGCAUUGCCAUUGAGUCCAGCCAGCACUACGGCUUUCUCUAUGAGCCAGCGCUGCACAGAGACCUCAUCUCCAUCAUCAAACCACGGGAUGGGAUCCCUGAGGCAGCUGCUAAGCAGUGUGCCAAGCAGCUGGUGAGUGCCCUGGAGUUCAUCCACAGCCGGGGGCUGGUGUAUCGAGACGUCAAGCCCGAGAACGUGCUGCUCUUCGACCCUGAGUGCCGGCGUAUCAAGCUGACCGACUUUGGGCUCACCCGGCCCAAGGGCACCCGGCUCAAGCUGGUGGCUGGGGUGAUCCCCUACACCGCUCCAGAGCUAAGCAACACCACCAGUGCCCAGGGCCUGCCCAUUGAUGCCAGCCUGGAUGCCUGGGCCUUUGGUGUGAUGCUCUUCUGCCUGCUGACCGGCUACUUCCCCUGGGAGCAAAGCUUGCCAGCUGACCCCUUCUUUGAGGACUUCAUGCUGUGGCAGGAGUCAGGCCUGGAUGAGGACCUACCACGCCAUUGGAGGCGCCUGACGGCUGAGGCCACUCGCAUGCUGCGGAGCCUGUUGGUCCUGGAUCCUGCCCAGCGUAGCCCUGUCAGCGGGGCCCUGCACUACGUCAACUGCCCCUGGAGAGUGGAGAACUGGCAUGGUGAGGAGCAGGCUGUGGGGUCCUAGAGAACCUCCUCUGGGGGAGUGGAGGCCAUCCCCCUGUGGGGCCUGUCUAUAGGAUGAUCAGUAUCCAAGGCCCUACAGCGUGCCUCCAGCAGGACAGGAAUACAUUGAAAGGGACUGUCAAAAUAACAGCCAUGGCAAGAUCUGUUCCAAAGCAUUGAGCUCCAAUUUCUGCCAAAU